UUCAUCCAGGGCUAACGUCUGCUAACGUCAAACCUAUAAAGGGCCCAAAUUUGAACAAAUGGUCUACUAUCUACCCAUACUCUACCCACCUCUAGAUCUCGUCUGACCGCUGGCUGGAAAUUUGAUCACCUUUUUCUUUGCUGGACAAAGAACUUUCUCCCCUGUUGGAUUUAUGCUUAUCAUUACGAUGUACUCCAACCUCCCUCUCCGAGCUUCAGUCAUUAUCUUUCUAUGCGUUGCCCAAAUCGGGUUGACACCAGUAGAAGCUGCCCCUGUUGAUUUAUCGGACAUUGUAGUGCUCCCGCACACUCAAACACUCAGUCCGACUCCCACAUACCUUUUUGAAGCGCGCUUGAACACACCAGCACCAGCACCCGCAUCCAAAACUCCUUCAGCAAUGAUCACAUACCUGACCACAGGCAAACCACCUCGCAGACCGCUCACUAGCGAGGUCGUCAAUAACUACAUUCGGAAACUACUCAAUGAUUUUGCCGUUGCUCAUCUUGAUGCAGUCCCACCCACUUCCCAAACAAUCCCAAACGCAAUUUGGAUCAAGUAUUCGGAUAAAUGGGGUGGCCGACCGAAGUAUCAGGGCGAUAACUAUAUGGAAUAUACGCUGAAGUUCGUGGUUUCAGACGGGGAGACCAGACAAGGGUAGGGGGGCUCUGAGCUACAAUGGGACUGUGAAGGAUGGAAAGGGGAUUGUGGUUACUGAAGUGAAGCUUGGGACAUACAAAGAGCGUACCGGCUCAUGCAGGUUCCAGAGAUCCAAUAAAGGGGUAAUCAAACA